AGCGCCAAGCGCCUCCCGUCGUGUUCUCUGUGGCGUCACAACAAGCGGCCCGCCCCUCCCUUUUCAUCCAUCUCGACCAAUAGGCGUGCGAAAGGGAGGGAGGAAAUGGGAGAGAGCGGCGGUUGAACCCGGAAGCGGAAGUGCCGACGCUGAGGCGGCUGCCGGAAGUUGAAAGGACCCGACUCGGUUUGUUUUGGUGGCAGCUGACGGGGACGGCGCUUCUGUUCCGCAGGCUUCGUCGCGGGUGGUUCGCCAUGGUGUGCGAGAAGUGUGAGUUUGUUCGGGGAGGGGGCUGAAGGAACGGUUGGGCGGUGGUUAGCGGAGAAUGUGACGUCACGGGGCAGACGUUUUGAACGGCGGAGCCUCCGCGCGAGAGACCCAUAGAGCGACGCUUCUCAGAGAGAUGGUGUAAGGAGGCAGUUCUGGAGUUUGGUGUGCCCCUCCUCAAGGCAUCGCCCUACAGAGGAGGAGGAGGAGGCGUCUCUGUAUGAGUCACCGUUCUGGCUUUCCUCCCUUCCAAACAUAAGUUAGAGCCCUGCUGGAUCAGGCCCUAAGGCAGGAAUGUCCAAAGUCCGUUUCGGGGGGCCUAAUACUGUGGCAGUUUAUUUCCUGGGGUAAAAUCCUUAAAAAACCCCAACAACUUCAACCCUAAAAAAAUAAGCUCAACAACUUCAAUCCUAAAAUAAGCUUAACAACCUCAAUCCUAAAAUAAGAUCAACAAUUUUGGGGUAAAAUCCUUAAAAAAGUUAACAACUUCAAUCCUAAAUAAAGGUCAGCAACUUUGGUCAGCCCUCAGGGCCCUUCACUUCAUCAAAUCUGGCCCCCUUUGAAAAAAGUUUGGACACCAUUGCCCUAAGGCUUGCCUGCUCCAGUAUCCCAUUUAUUUACAGGGGCCAACCUACUUGGCCCUCUGCAUCAGUAACUCAUGCAGAACCACAAGUGGAUUGGCUGCUGAUGGGCAAGUGGUUUCUUAACUCAUUUACACACUGAAGCAAAAUAUUUUGAGUGAGGUGUGCCUCCAACUUCUAUUCAGUAAAAGCGUGGGGGUGGGGUAGGAGUUAACUGUGGAAUCAUGAUGAGGUGCAUCAUGCUAUUGGUGUUCUGAGAAUUCAUUGUUCAUUUAUUAGGCAGGCUGGGUGCAUUGACAUCUAACAUGAAAGGUUAAAGCUAUCAGUGGUUACUAACAAUGAGGUAUGCCUCUGAAUACCAGUUGCUGGGGCACAGCAGUGGGACAGGGCUCUUCUUUUCUUAUCCCAUGGGAAAUAGAGUGCUGAACUAGUUGGUCUUUGGUUGGAUCUGGAAGGGUCCUUUGUAUGUUCGUUAAUGAUGACCCCUCAGGUUGGUAGGCCUGCAUGAGCUUUGUUUAUCAGCUAUGGAUGUCUACUUUUCAAAGGGAAUUGUGAUAGUAGUGGAUUAAUAGAAUGAAGUACACUGUAUUACCCAUGUUCAAAUAGUUGAACUGAUUUGAAGGUGGGCCUAAUGAAAUAUGUGGUGUGUUCUCAAAAGACUUCCAAAGCAUAGAUUGGAAUAUCACAGCCUUUGCAUUUCUGUUUUUCCAUAGGUGAGAGAAAACUUGGUACUGUAAUUACACCUGAUACAUGGAAAGAUGGUGCAAGAAACACCACAGGUAUUUCUAAAUACUAUCUAAUCACUUCAGUAGAUAUUCUUUCUAACAUUUAUUGAUAAGCAAACCUUGAAAUGUGAGUAGGUUACCUUCAAGGUGCAUUAUUUUUUGCAAUCUUAUUUCAGAUGCUUAUAUGCAAGCGUUUGUCUCAUUUAUGUUAUGGUCCAGAGAUUCAAUUUGCUACAGAUCUGUUAUUUUGAUGCCAGUAGCAAUUUCCUUAGGCAGGGUAACAAAUAGAAAAAAAAAAUGCCUCCCUCAUUCACUCACACACCCCACGCCUCUGUGAGCACUGCAGACUCCUUUCCUAUAUAUACUGCUUGUUUGGGCUCUUUGGGCCGGGAGAGAUGGCCCAUACGGCUGCCAAGAGCAGUGCAAGAGUGUGCUUACAAACUGAGAUAAGGAGUAGGGCUUGGGAGAGACAACUGGUUUUGUGGUGAGCCUUAGGAAAGAGAGAGAAGGGGGUAGUGAAAAAAGCAGUUAUAUAGGCAGUAGGAAAUGGAGAAAAGUGGACAAAUGGGACAUACUUAUUACUUGAAAGUUUUUUACAGUAGCACAGAAUUUGGAUGAUGCUUUAAAGUUCUUUUUAGAACUUCCAUCAAUUUUCUCAUUCAUUGGAUAUUACUCAUUCACUCAUUUUAUCAACUCCAGUGGCAGAGAUCCCACUGCCCAUCUCCAGGCUCAAAAGAAGGGUAGGAAAACUCCUUGUUUUCCUGGAGAACCUCAACAGGAAUCUUGGGUUUGGUGCCAGUAACCUGGGAGUUAAAGAAAUAUGUCUGCAAAACUUUAAUUGAUUUAAUUAGUUCAGUUAUUCAAAGAACACUGAAGCACUAAUCAAAACUAAAUUUGUGAAAUGUUCUGAUUGAGUCAUCUGUAUAAAGGCAGCAUAUUUCUAUAAACAUAGUACAUCACAUAGAAAAACUGGGCACCUUGAACACUUGUAUCCCCCCCCCCCUUUUGGUUGUAUUCUUGGAAAAUAAGGGAUAUGUGAGCACAGGUCUUAAUUUAUAAUAGUUUUGCAAAUUAUGUAUAUCAAGCAAUAAACUUAUUUGUUCUUUUUAGAAAGUGGUGGGAGAAAACUAAAUGAAAACAAGGCAUUGACAUCAAAGAAGGCAAGGUAACUGAAGUAUUAAAUUAUCAUUAUCAUCAUCAUCAUCAUCAUCAUUACCCACUCUUCACAUGCAGUUCCUAGGGCAGCUUGCAGAAAUUAAAAUUCAGAAUGAAAACAGUUAAAGCAAAUUAGGGUCACAGAAAUAGAGUGGGUCCAAAGGCCUGGGUAAAGAGGUGCAUCUUCAGGACUUCCUUGAAACCUGCAUAGUGAAGGUGCCAGAUGCACCUGUGUGAGGAGGGAAAGCAAAGACUUAGUGGUGGCCCAAGAGUGGACAUUCUCUGUGGCAGCCCCUACCACCCAAAUCUCAAAGGGUGCUGAAACUACCAAGAGGGCUUCCUUUGUUGAUCAUAACAGGUAAGAGGAUCUUGUCAGGAAGGUGGUUUCUCAGAUAUUUGGGGCUUAAUUUGUUUACGGCUUUAAUAACUAGUGUGCGCACCUUGAAUUGAGCCUGGAAUCAAGCUGGCAGCCAUUGCAGUUGUUUUAAAAGAUGGGCUCUGUGAGUUUUAUAAGCAUCCUCAGCCACUAAUAUGGCUGCUGCACUUUAGACCAGCUGAAGUUUCCAAGUCAUUUUCAAGGGUAGCACCACAUGGAACACAUUGCAAUAAUUCAAUCUUGAAGUUACCAGAGCAUGGAGUACAAUGGCCAAUUCAUUUCUGUCCAAAAGGGGCUGUAGCUUUCCCCCCUUCCCUCUGCACACAUACACAUAUCACAUUACUUUAUGCCACCUUUGCAGCCAGCUAUUAUGGCUGCCUUUGCUUCCUCUUUGUGGGCUCCAGAGAUGUAGCUAGAACAGCUGCCAGAGCAGAGAUGAAAUAGAUGAACGGUGAAGGUGCCAUGAGACCCUGGGGAAAUGUAAGACGGAUUGGGAAAGACCCAUUGUGUCCUUUUUGAAACCAGUUUUCAAUCUUUUCUUCUCUGCCUCAUGGUCCUCCCAGCUGGAGCGUGGCAGAAGUGAAAUGCAGGAUUGGCAGUUGACUUUUAUAUCUCAGUUACAUAGCACUUGACUUUCAAACCAUUUUCCAGUAUCAAUUAUGCAAAAAAUCCUCUGGGCUGGUUUACCUGUUUUGUGCAGGAGGUGUGGUAAGAAACUUUUUGAAAAAUAUGUCAAGUAUACCUACAUAGUUUAAAGAUGUUGAUGUGCAAACCAGUCUACAUUUGAUAAAGCUGAAGUGAAGAACUGCGUCUGAUCAGCUUUGUAACUGGGAAGUUGCUUUUGAAGAUUUUGUUAUUAGCCAAUUCUGUCUUCUCUCUUGUCUUCCUUCCCCCAUCCUCAUCUGCUCCCAACUGUAUGAAAGUAUGUAGGAAAGCUUUCCAUGAAUAGGCAAUUCAGUUACCUUUCCCCCCCUCUUCCUAGGUUUGAUCCUUAUGGUAAAAACAAAUUUGCAGUAUGCCGAAUUUGCAAAAGUUCAGUUCAUCAGCCAGGCUCCCACUACUGCCAGGGAUGUGCAUACAAAAAGGGUGAGACAUUUGGCAUCAAUUAUUUUCUCUUGUUCAGUUGUUUUUGUACUUUUGGACUAAAAGAAAACGUUUCAUUCUCACUGUUUUUCUCGUUAAUAGGCAUCUGCGCAAUGUGCGGGAAGAAAGUGUUGGAUACAAAAAACUACAAGCAAACAUCCGUCUAAUUAUAUACUAUGAACUUCUUCUUGACCAGCUUUACUUUAAAAACAGUUAUCAACGUUGGGGAAAAAUGUAAAAGAUGGCAGACACCGUCAGAAUUUGCAUGGACCUUUAGUUGCACUUUGUUAGCGCUGAUUGUAAACCUGGAUCAAUGGUCCAAUUCAUACCUGUAUAAAUUUAUAAUAAGAAAACUGGUGUAUUGGCAACUUGAUAUGGUCACAUUUGGUGUUUUGAUCUACUGAUAUUAAUAGUGAUCUGCUAGUAACGCUUAAUGGUAUAAAUAGAAAAAAUGUUUCAAUUUAACUCAUUAGACUAGUUUUGAGGAAAAACUCAAAAAAGCCAGCAGAUCAACAUUUUUCUUCACCCCACUGCUAUAACAAGAAUUUGUAGAUUGCAAGUCUACCAGCAGAGGGAUUGAUGAAAUAAAACUGGCAUAAAAUGAUUUGUUUUUUAAUGUAGGUUUACUUGCAAAUGUAUAAAACGAUGCACAACUUGGAACCCACCAAGCCAACCACCAGGAGCUCUGUAAGUUUCCCGGUUUUGUUGCCUGCCUAUAACUGCAAAAACAAAAUGUUCUCAAGAAGCUGACAGGUUAAAAUACAUGGUUGGCUGGGGUUGGCUUCAUUCAACUAGGUGAGUCCAACAUUCUUAGAACCUGGUAUAUAACAAGUGUGCUAUCGUUGCCAGCAUUAUUUCCUUUAAUCUGGUUUUGUUGGGGUGAAUCUUGAAGUCAAAUGAAGAAACCUAGCAUAAAUUAGCCUCUAACUUCAUGAUUCAAAAUUGGUGUUGGGGCAUUACUGAUGAAAAAUUGUAUAUAAAGUGUUUCCAUUUUGUUGUGCUUAAAAAAAGAGGUGACUGACAUAUAAUCUUGGCUGAGGGUGGUAUUAGGGUGUUCUUGUAUGUUAUUUUUGUUUCUUAGUGUGUUAUUCUUUGAUCUGUUCGAUAGUUGAUACAUCCCUUGCAUAUUGGUGUUGCCAUGCUGGAGACAAUAGAAGCAAUAAUAAUCCAGGACUUGAUUCUGAAGGAGGAAACCCACCUUGGUCUGGCUAGAUGUGGCAGCAGGGCAUACCACUUGCCCUCUUGCCUGCCCCAUACUUUGGAGUUCGCGUCAGAGGCUAUUCUCUGGGAGUCAUCCACCUUCUGAGGUUAGAGAGGUGAUGGCUGAAGAGAGGGCCUUUUCAGUAGUCUCACUCCAACUCUAGUAUACAGUCACCAAGAAAGCUUGCCCUAGCACCUACUUUCAGUGCCAGGCAAAUAUAUUUUCUUUUUCAAGGUUCUCAGCACCUUCUGCAUAUAUAUUUAUUUUAUCUUUCUGCUUUAAUAAUCCUUGGAAUUUCAGUUCCUGGUUUAAUUUCUGCUUGAGAUGUAAAUGUAAACGACAGAACUCAGAUGGCAGAAGACUUGGACCAGAUCCAUGCAAACAUGUUUCAGAGCUCAUGUGAAAGUUAUUCUGUGGAGCCGGAACAGCAGCUUAUUUGUAAAAUGUUUUCAAAAUAAGCACUUUGACCUGAAUGCCAUGUUGAUUAGGGAACUUGGAAUCAAAACUGUUACUUGGAUGAAUAUCAGUUAUUUCAUGGACAAGGUGCGUAAGUGCAGUGUGAACCACAACUUGCUAUCUCAAACUUUGUCCUUCCUGGCUUGUAACACCUAGCAGGAGAAAUUGGCAGGCCUGGUGGACAUGAUAGUCAUUGCACUUUUUGUAGCAGGAUUCAUGUUGGUGUUCUCUGAAAGUCAUCAGGCCCCUCAAUAAAAAAUCCUCCCCUGUCCCUGCUGAUCUGGGCAAGACUAUGUGGCGGGGGUUUAUGAUCAGAGAUUCCUAUGUCCCCCUUCCCUAUUACUUUUGAAGACUUUAAAUAUCUUUAUUUUCUUAUGCUUUUGGUGGUUGAAUUUUGGUUCUUGCUGUUUACUGAUUUCACUGGUUGUUCCAUUAUUUUAUUGAUGAAGCAGUUUGUACAUUUUUAUAAAUUUAUUUUUAAAAUGUAACUGCAAGGCAACAUUCCUAAACACUGGAUUGAAGUGUUCCGGAAUUUAAAUGAUGCGUUUGUAAAAAAAUAAAUGCUGGCCAAAAAUGCUAAAUGUGAUUGUAAAGCUGUUUGUGAAUUGUGUGAGUUUGUAGCUCCAUCCAGUGGUCCAAACAAAAUGGCUGCCACAGGUUCUCUGCUUGUACCCAUGCAAUGCUAGUAGGUUUUCUGUCCAAAUUGUGCAAAUAUGCUUGCCAUCCUUUCCUUUGCUCUUGGCACGGUUACUUUGCCCUUCUUUACAAAGGCAAUUCAAGGAUUUCUUCACUGAUUAGGUUAGUUUGUGCCCAGUGCUGACUCCAAAGCAUACAUUAUUUGGACAGAAAACUACUAUUACGAUCCAUUCAAUCUUAAAUUUCUUGCAUGGCAUUAAGGGGUAAUGCAGAUAUUAAAAUACAAGGAAAUACAGUACAAUAUGCAAACCUAAAUAUGAAGCAUGUAAUAUGGCUAUUUUUAAUAUUUUUGGUACAAUAAAACUCUUCAGUCUUUUCAGUACAAUAACAGAGUUGGAAUGCCAAACUAUUACUCUGCAUUAUAAAGCAUUUAAUAAACCUAGUAGUAACAUGACUUUUUCAGUUAGUAUACAUUUUAGCACCCCUUUUACGCAGCUAUUUUCUCUUACUAAAUAUAAAAAUCAAACUAUUAGUUAAGAGGAAAAGGAGAUAGCCUCACACUGCUAGAGAGUUCAAAGUUUCUGCUGCUGGUGUGUGAAUGGGCAGGUUCCCAAUGUGUUCCUAUACAAAGAGCAACUCAGACAACCUACAGGUCAGUGCAACCCUGUUUUCCUCUUAAACACCUGAUUUAAGUAAACUCCUGUGUGUAUACACAGUAUGUAUGACAUAACAAAGGAAUUUUCUUCAGGAAAUGCCAGCACUUUCUGUGUUGUCUCAAGUCUCUAGAUCACAGGGCACAUCUCAAGUUUUGUACAGUACAGUACAGAUUUGAUUGUGUUUACAAUACUUUGUAUAACAUAAAAAGCCACAGCCCCCCCCAAAUGCGGUCAUAAUGGGCCAUGAAACACUUAGCAACAAUUCUAGCUAAAGAGAACCGAUGGAAAGAAUCCCCGCUUAAAACAAGUUUUCAAGAAUAGCGCAAUGCCGUAUGUUUUACUCAGAAGGGAGUCCUGCCACAAGGUGUGGCAGGAGAGAUUGGCAAGUGUGGUAGGAAGUCUCAAGGACAAUCAAAGAAACAUUUAAACAUUUCAGCGUAGUAUAGUAUAGAAUCAUUAAAAAAAAUUUUUAGUUGUGUUCUAUGUUAUAAACCAAGCACUGCUAGCAGCUGUUUCUUUUUUUCCAAUGUACUACCAAUAAAAAAAUUCAGUGUGUCGC